GUGGUAUAGCUGCAGCGGUAGUUACAGUAAUAGGCCGCCCCCUACCCACAAUAUCAGAAACCACCACUGCGUUCACAAACGUCUCUUCAAACAGCAGUCCAGAGAAAACCUCUUGCGCCAACGGCCUGGAAGCUGAUCUACCAACGACGACAGACUGCAGUGUAACGUAUCAACCGCAACACUACCCAAUAAAACGGAAAGCUAAGGACGGCAUGGACUCCAAACGAGAACGAAAAGCCGCGAAAACUCUUGCGAUAAUCACUGGUGCGUUCGUGCUGUGCUGGUUACCUUUUUUCAUAAUGGCAGUGCUGUUGCCAAUCAACCCGAACUUGUUUGAUAAAUACUUAAUAUCGAUUUGUUUGUGGUUGGGAUAUUUCAAUUCGAUGCUCAAUCCGCUCAUAUAUACAAUUUUCAGUCCCGAAUUUCGGCAUGCAUUCAAGAAGAUUCUGUGCGGCAGAAAUUAUGCUAGGAGAAGAAACAGACAUUUUGGUGUGAAAAAUUUCCAAUGAUGGAGGCAGAGUGGUCGCUUACCUUCGGAUAGCGAACCACCAGUAGCAG